AUGACCUCGGGUCCGGGAGCCGCUACAGGCUCUCAUGCCUCAGACAGAUCAACAAACUCCCCUGCCUCCGCCGGUUCGUCAGGCUCUCAUGCUUCAGCUGGAUCGCCAGGCUCCCCUGCUACAGCCGGCUCAUCAGGCUUUCAUGCCUUCACCGGAUCGCCAGGCUCCCCUGCUUCCACCGGAUCAUCAGGCUCUCAUGCCUCAGCCGGAUCGCCAUGCUCCCCCACCUCAGCAGGACUGUCAGUUUCCUGCUCCCCAGCCGGUGACAUGUUCCAGCGCAUCAGCAGAGGUGACCAGUCCGCUCCUGAUCCUCGGGAUCUCCCUUUGGUUGGCGUCCUGCGGCUGGAGCCGCGCGUCGGGGAGGUGUUACUGUCACGUAACACCUCCCUAGGUCCCUAG